UUAAAAUCUUCAAAAAACUUACCGUUUGUUGACUGUGGAUGUCACUGGACACUGUACACGUUCAACAAUAAUUGUUUUGUGUUCCAAAAAAAAUGAUUUACAUUUUGAUACGCAAAUUACAAAUAAUAAUAAUUAUAAUAAUCAUUAACAUAUCCCGACGCCGAACUAAUAGUUUAAUGAUCAAUUUAAAAUCGAUUUUGUGCUUAUCAUAAUGGCUUAUAUCUUUAUAUAAAUUCAAUUCAGCCAACCAGCAGCAAUUCAGUCUUGCAAACAAUUCGAAUUCACCAUGUUCAUAAAACUAAUCCUCUGUGCCGUCAUUCCACUACUACUAAUUGUUAAUCAGUUUGAUUCCAUUGAGGGCGUGAAAAUCGAUCAUGUCGGCAUCCGAGUGCUUUCCGUGCCAAGCAAAAACGUGAAAAACGUCAAGGUUUUCAACAUGACGAACAAAAAUGGCGAUCGAACGUUCGGUGGAUCUUUCACUCUCUUGAGAGAUCUCACAAAUAAUCUAGUGAUGAAUAUUAAAACUUACUUCGAUCGUAAGGGGAAAAUCAUUCCUACGCCAGUCAAAAUGUCGCCGAAUAUUUGCGAAGCGUUCGAGAAGAACACUUUAAAGCUGCGCAGCAUUUUCGACAGCUCCAACCUUUCGGAUUGUCCAAUUAAAGCUGGGAGUUAUAAGAUUACCAACUGGAUACCAGAUGAAAACGAAAUUCCCAGCAUGCCGCCUGGCCGUUAUCAAGUUGACUUCACAUUUGUGGUCGACAAUGAGGAAUAUGCAACGUUUCGUUGGAUGGGCGGCAUUGUUAGGUAACCGAUUGCGAUGAUAACUUGGUUUAUGUGUGUGUGAUGUUGUAGAAUUAGCGGUAAAAAGGAAAUAAACGAACCGAACGUUCACAAAGCAAUACAACAA